CACAUUCAAAUGAUCAUAGAGUCAUUGUCACAGGCUUAUGAGUUUGAGGGUCAAAGUUGGGAUGCGAGUCUUAUAUACGUAACAAAACGCAUCAAGGAAACAUGGUGGAAUUACAAGCAAAGGUUGACUGCAAAAUAUAUUAAAGAUAAGAAUCUUGCAGUUGUGAGAGAUAGUCCUGCCCCCCCAGGUAUCCCUAUGGAGGAUUGGUUAGUCUUCGUGAAUCAACAUAGCAUUGAGGAAUUCUAGAGAGCAAGCGAAAGGAAUAAAGUCAAUCGGUCCAAGCUAAAAGGACCUGCUUGUCUUGGGAGGAACAACAUGGCUGUUAUUCGCCAUCAGAUGGCGAAGGAGAGAAAUCUUAUCUCUGAUGCCGAGAUAGGUAGAUGUGAUGUUUACUUAAGAGCCCAUACAAGCAAGGACGGAGUUGUCCAGUAUCCUCACCCUGUUGAAAAAUUAGAUGAGCUUUAUUCUAGCAAUCCUUCUUCUAAGAUUACCGGCGUUGACGAUGCCCUUACACAGUUGGUUGGUUCUGACAGUAGAGGGCGAAUGUGGAGUCUAAGUUGCUCAAUAACCAAGACAGGAUUGAAGAUGUCAGCCCCUGCCCGUUCAAAGGUAGAGAAUUUGAUAAAAGAAAGAGAUAGCCUAGUGCAGGAGAUAUUUGAUAUAAAGAAAUUACUGGCCAAGAUGGAGGCUUGGAUGGAGAUGCAGCAACAUGCACAAUCUACUCAAAACCUCUUAUCACCAACAAUUGCUAGAUCUGCUCAGGCAUCGUCGCUGGAUGUUAUAUAUAUCGGUAAGAGAUGCGACUUGCUUGGUUAGGAAAAUCGUGAUGUAGUUGCUUGUGGUCAAGUACACGAAGUUAAUCCAAAUGCAGUUGUCCAUUGCGAACCAUUGGAGGAGGGAG